UUAAUAUUGUUACUUGUAGAACAAUGGAAGGAAUAUGCAGAGUUUGCAUGGGAACGACUGGAGCAUUCACAAACAUUUUUGAUGAGACACAAGAAUGGGACACCAGCAUUGCUGACAUGAUAUCGGACUGCACAGGAUAUGUGGUUAGGCGAGGGGAUUCACUACCAGAAAACAUAUGUCCGCCCUGCCUGGAGGAUGCAGUGAGUGCAUUCAAUCUGAAGGAAACUUGCGAGCAGAGCCAUAAACUCUAUUUCGCACGAAUGGAGGACGAUAGAGAAGAGGACAUCUGUGAUAAUGUGGAAGACGAUGAUUGGGAUCCGUCAGAUGAAAGUGAAAGUGAGCGGUCAAACCAAUUUAAAACCGAUGCAAAGGGUCCAAGUGAUAAGGAUGUCGAUCGUCUGUUCAAAUGUAGUCUUUGUCCAAAGAGCUAUACGCUUAAAACGAAUCUAAAUAGACACAAGCAGUUACACACAGUAGAACGACCGUUCAAAUGCUCGGACUGCUCAAAGUCAUUUAAGCUAAAAUGCUAUCUUCGAACACACACGAACGCACACUGCUUGAAGUCACUGGAACUAAAAUCCCAUCUUCAAGAUCACUCCCGUACGCACACAGCUGAUCGUCCCUACCACUGUUCCCACUGCUCGAUGUCUUUUACACAAAAAUGCAAUCUUCAAGCGCACAUCCGUACGCACACAGGUGAUCGCCCCUUCCAAUGCUCCCACUGUUCGAAGUCAUUUAAACAAAAAAGCCAUCUUCAAGAACACACCCGUACGCACACGACUGUUCGACGCUUCAAAUGUUCUCACUGCUCGAUGUCAUAUAAAUACCAAUACGAACUUAAACAACACAUCCAAUGUCACACGGAGGAGCGACCAUAUAAAUGUACUUACUGCUCCCAGUCAUAUCAAGAAAAAGCCCAUCUCCAGGAACACAUCUGUACUCCCACCGAGGAACGACCGCAUAAGUGUUCAUACUGCAUACAAUCUUUCAGUGAUAAAUCUAAAUAUGACAUACAUACCCGUACUCACACCGGUGAGCGACCCUAUCCAUGCGCUCACUGUUCAAAGUCAUUCAAAGGAAAAUCUAGUCUCCGGGUACACAUGCGUUCCCACACAGGGGAGCGACCGUACAAGUGUACCCACUGCUCAAAGACUUUUAGAUACAGGAACAAUAGCUACCACGCCCAUAUACUAACUCACACAAGCAAUGACAAGUGUGCAAUUCCGGCACCAUUCGAGAUCACAUCCGUAAAAACGUUGAGAAAGGAAGACACGAUUGCUCCUACUGCAGAGCAAGAUAUUUAAGCUUUUUAUACAUAGAUGGACGAAUCGCUUAAAUAUAUGUAUGUACAAUGUAACAAUAAACCCAACCAACUAAUUCA